UCCCGGGCUAACCCUGCUCCUCGCUGAAGAUGGAGGAAGUAAAAACAGGAUUACCCUUAGCUACAGCUCCACUGCCUUAGUUUCCACCACCAACUGCAGUGCACAAACACACGUUAGGCACAGGAAAGAAAGAAAGAGAGAGGACACACUAACAGUAAACACAAACAAAAGGGUGAUGGGAUUAUUUUACUGCAUGCACUGCUGAGCCCGACAUUGUCACCUCCUCUUUGAGGGGUUAGAAGAAGCUGAGAUCUCCCGACAGAGCUGGAAAUGGUGAUGAAUCUUUUUUAAUCAAAGGACAAUUUCUUUUCGCUGCACUUUGACUAUGGAAACAGAGGCUAUCGAUGGCUAUAUAACGUCAGGUGACAAUGAGCUUUCACCUGAAAGGGAGCACUCCAACAUGGCUAUUGACCUCACCUCAAGCACACCCAAUGGACAGCAUGCCUCACCAAGUCACAUGACAAGCACAAAUUCAGUAAAGCUAGAAAUGCAGAGUGAUGAAGAGUGUGACAGGAAACCCCUGAGCCGUGAAGACGAGAUCAGGGGCCAUGAUGAGGGUAGCAGCCUAGAAGAACCCCUAAUUGAAAGCAGCGAGGUGGCUGACAACAGGAAAGUCCAGGAGCUCCAAGGCGAGGGAGGAAUCCGGCUUCCGAAUGGUAAACUGAAAUGUGACGUCUGUGGCAUGGUUUGCAUUGGGCCCAAUGUGCUUAUGGUACAUAAAAGGAGUCACACUGGUGAACGUCCCUUCCACUGUAACCAGUGUGGAGCUUCUUUUACUCAGAAGGGCAACCUUCUGAGACACAUAAAGUUACACUCUGGAGAGAAGCCGUUCAAAUGUCCUUUCUGUAGCUAUGCCUGUAGAAGAAGGGACGCCCUCACAGGACACCUCAGGACCCACUCUGUGGGGAAACCUCACAAGUGCAACUACUGUGGACGAAGCUACAAGCAGCGCAGUUCACUGGAGGAGCACAAGGAACGCUGCCACAACUAUCUCCAGAAUGUCAGCAUGGAGGCUGCUGGGCAGGUCAUGAGUCACCAUGUACCUCCUAUGGAAGAUUGUAAGGAACAAGAGCCUAUUAUGGACAACAAUAUUUCUCUGGUGCCUUUUGAGAGACCUGCUGUCAUAGAGAAGCUCACGGGGAAUAUGGGAAAACGUAAAAGCUCCACUCCACAAAAGUUUGUGGGGGAAAAGCUCAUGCGAUUCAGCUACCCAGACAUUCACUUUGAUAUGAACUUAACAUAUGAGAAGGAGGCUGAGCUGAUGCAGUCUCAUAUGAUGGACCAAGCCAUCAACAAUGCAAUCACCUACCUUGGAGCUGAGGCCCUUCACCCUCUGAUGCAGCACCCGCCAAGCACAAUUGCUGAGGUGGCCCCAGUUAUAAGCUCAGCUUAUUCUCAGGUCUAUCAUCCAAAUAGGAUAGAAAGACCCAUUAGCAGGGAAACCUCCGACAGUCAUGAAAACAACAUGGAUGGCCCUAUCUCUCUCAUCAGACCAAAGAGUCGACCCCAGGAAAGAGAGGCCUCUCCCAGCAAUAGCUGCCUAGAUUCUACUGACUCAGAAAGCAGCCACGAUGACCACCAGUCCUACCAAGGAAACCCUGCCUUAAAUCCCAAGAGGAAGCAAAGCCCAGCUUACAUGAAGGAGGAUGUCAAGGCUUUGGAUACCAAGGCUCCUAAGGGCUCGCUGAAGGACAUCUACAAGGUCUUCAAUGGAGAAGGAGAACAGAUUAGGGCCUUCAAGUGUGAGCACUGCCGAGUCCUUUUCCUAGACCAUGUCAUGUACACCAUUCACAUGGGUUGCCAUGGCUACCGGGACCCACUGGAAUGCAACAUCUGUGGCUACAGAAGCCAGGACCGUUACGAGUUUUCAUCACACAUUGUUCGAGGGGAGCACACAUUCCACUAGGCCUUUUCAUUCCAAAGGGGACCCCUAUGAAGUAGUGAACUGCACAUGAAGAAAUACUGCACUUACAAUCCCACCUUCCUCAGAUGUUGACAUACCUUUUUUUUUCUUUCUAAUAUUAUUACUGUCUUUAAUUCUUAUUUUGUGGACACAGUGUCAUUUGCUCUGCCUAAUUACAAUAAGGAAGAAACAGAAGAGAGAAGGGACAGGGGAUAUUGUUUCUUGACAACUUGGCUUGAUCAUUUUGUGGUAGUUUAAGAGCAGUUCAUUUCUGCCAUGCAUAGAUAUAAGUAAGGUAUCUUAUGCUUUGAAAAAAAAUCACUCAAUUCAUAUAGAUUCACUUAGGAUUCUAAUUUGCCACUGAUGUUCAGGAUUAUGAUUGAAGGCAGGAAAGAGUGUUUUCUGGGUGGGACUUUCGCAGUUUAAAAUGGGAUAUGUAAUUUUACUGUUCAAAGAAGAAGUUGUUUCAAAAUGUAAACUUUUUUUUUUUUCUCCUCUAGAGAUCAUGGAACACAAACACAUUAUUUUCAAUGGUAACUCCUUGGAUGAGUUGUUGUGGGUUCUAUGUUUACUUCCCCUAUGGAAUUUAAAAUACGGUAUGUUGUACACUGUACCAGAUAGCAACACUUUUGAACUACAGGUAGUUAAGGAUACCUACAGUACAUCUGAGGUCUUAGGAUCUUAUUUUUCUAAACUUAAGCACUGUUUUUCCAUAGUUUUGAUGACUGGCAUUUUAUAGACACCCUGGCAGCCUUACUUUUAACACCUUUAAUGAAUAGUAUUUUUAUCUAGUUUUCAGAAUAACAUAUGGUCUAAGAGUGGCUAAGAGGCAGUCAGUAGUUUCCAGAGGGACCUCUACUUUUCUUAAAUUUGGGAAGUUUUAAAGUUUUAAUGUAACAGCAGCAUAGGAUACAUAUUGGUUUCUAAAAGUGUGCUUACAAUUGUCACUUUGUCAGCAUUUAAUCAGUGUUAACCAGUCAGCAGAAAAAUAUAAUUAGGCUAACAGUAGGGGGAAAAAAACCCACUCAGAAAUCCCUUUUCUGGUAUUUCUCUUUUCACUGAUUUUUUUUUCAAGCUGUGACCACCCAGUGUUUUGUCCAUAAUCCAUUCAUCUUUUACUCUUCUAAUGGAAGGUCUUAAAAAUUUUGCUAGAGGCUGUUUCUUUGAAAAUCUCCUCAGAGCAAUUGCUAACUUGACCUGAAUGUGGUAACUUGAACCCCAUAAGGUUGUGGAACUAGGGCUAUUUAUUCUAGUAUUUCUUCAAUAAUAUUUACCAGUUUUGGUACAAGGGUAAGGGAACUUCUUUGUAACCGGUACAUUAACAAUAGAUAAAACAAACCAAAACAAAGUUUAUUUUGAUCCUUCUUGGAGUCUAGAAUGUGACUGAACCUCCAAGCUAAAAUGUCCACGUUCUGCACAUUUUUCUGUCCCGAAAACAUGCAACUAUUUAUAAAUUCUUGUCAGAAAUGAAUCUCAAUCCCUGACUACAGGACUUUCUUCUUUUAAUUCAUGCAUAGGUUGCCAUAUUUCAUGUACAGAAUUUAAUGUCAUGGGUGCCCUGUUUUUUCUUUGCAGUCGCACAGCGUUAGAGGGGGAAAAACUGAAUGAAACGGGUUCAGAUCACUUUGAGGGACACCCUGGGAGGGAGAACUCACUGCUUGUUUUUAGGGAGGACAGGCCUGACCGUGACUGGAUUAUCUGACAACCAUUUAUGAAUACUGAAAUUCUGUUAAGCAGGAACUGAUAACUGCUCUAAAAAAAAAAUCUUAAAUGGGCUGCUGAAACUGUGUUUCUUAAUACAGAAUUAUGUGAGAAGUAGCAAGACUAGACAACUAUGGACAGUUGAGCAAAUCUGGCCCCCAUACUGUUCUUCACUCAUUUUCUAGUUUACCAUCUGCUUAUGUAAGCAACUUCUAAGCACUAACACAGCUAGAGCUAGGCAAAAAUGGUUACAACUCUCUUUUACUAGCCCCUGUGGUGAUUAUUUUUGGAGAAAUGUCCAAACUGUUCCUUUAAAUCUAAGAGAAUGCACUAAAACAGAGGAAUGAAAUGUUUUAAAUAGAAUAUCAACUGUCAUUUUUUCUAUUUCUCUGCAUGCUUUGGUACAUUACUACGUUGUGAACAUACAGUGUAUUCAAAGGUAAAGCGUGUCUUUGAGACUCCCACACCUCACCUACCCUAACCACUCAUAAAUCAUUGGAAUUUCUUUUUUAUUUUUUUUUCCUUUUGGAGGAAGAUAAGUAAUUUAAGGUUAGUGAUUUUGUGUUUUAGUACAAUUUCAGGAAACAUUUGGAUGAGAGUCAAUAUGUUCAUAACUUUGGCUGUGUGUGAAUUUCUGCUGGCAUCAUCUAGAAUUUUUUUCCUGCUUACUAUUAUUUUUUCCAGUAUAAUAUUUUUUUCCAGUUUUUUCCAGAACAAUCAUGUUCCUACCUGCCCUGGGGUGAAAUUGAAUUUAGGUGAACCUAGAGAGUUGUAUAGUGCCCCCAUGAAGACAGUACUAGUGCACUCUCCUUUUCUGACUUCAUCUUUUUGAAAAUCUUUUUUAUUGAAGGGACUUAAUACUUUUGAGAGUGUAUUUGCUACGGUUGUAUACUUGUACUUUCUUAGCUUCAUGGUCUGGGGAACAAAUAGAGGUAAAGAUGGUUCAGGGUGUGGCAGGGACAAAUGAGGACAAAGUCAACUCAGAUGUGUAGGUGAAACAGAAUUUUUGUGGACACAGUGCUUUCUGGGAACCUCUGGAUGGCUAUAUUUGCAUGCCUCUUCUUCACAAAAGAAAACGUGCAAGGUUGUAGCACCUAAAAAUAAAUACGAGGGUCAGACACCAAAUAAAUCAAGUUUUACAUAACAAUGAUAUGCCCCGUUUAGGUGAGAUUUCACAUUAGAGUAUUUGAGGGGCAUAAAAAUGGGUUAGCCCUCUCUAUUUUCCAGUUUGGCAAAAAUCCAGAAAUUCAUCACACUGCUUUGCCCUAAUUUUGCCCAAAAUUUUAUCUCCAGCUCCUGUUAGAGAAAUGUGUUGCCUCUCUCUUUUAAAAAGCCAUUCUAAUCUGGCUUUUGAAAACAGCGAAAGUGACCAAUAAACAGAUUGGAAGAGAUUUCGAGUUAUUGAAACAUUCCAUUGAGACUCUUCUGGAGGGACAAAAUGGGAGAAUGAGACUAGCGUUCAGGAUUGCUUCCAAAGUAGAGGUUGUCUCUCCUGCAUACAUACAAACAGUUGUAUGCAUACAUCGUAGUACGUACACGUACACACACACACACACACACACACACACACACACACGUCUUUAGGCCUAUUUGCAACUAUUAAACUUAAACCUUGAAAACCUUGAGUCUUUACUAUCUACUUCCAGAACAAAACAAUCAAAAAAGAGAGAGAGAGGCAAAGUGAAAAAAACCAAAAAAACAAAAAUUGCUUUUGAAUAGGAAAAUACAGAAAAAGAAGAAAAUACAGAAAAGAAACUUUUACUUGUUGGCAAGUGGAGAAAGACAAGAAUGUUUUCAUGGGCUUGGUAUUAUUUAUAUUUAUGGUUUUUGUGUCUCAGUUGUACCCCUUAAAAAACCAUGGAGUUUUUAUGAUACUUUAUAAAUGUUUGACAAAAUUUACAUCAGUGAAGGCAUUUAGAUGGAAAUUAUGUUUUACCUAUUUCCCAAAUGUUAUUGUUAAAGUGAUUCCUUCUGGUGGAAAAAAAGAACAGAAAAGGCUGCAAAAAUACAAAAACCUGUAUGCCCCUGGCUUCAAGACAGAACUUAGAUUAUAAGAGGUACUGGCUACAUUAUUUUUUUAACUUUGAACUGUUCAUUUUACAAAAAAAAGGGAUACCUUACAUUUAUGGUCACCUUUAGUUAUAUUUUGUAUAUUAUUUUAGUAAGUAAUGUCUGUAUGAAAAUUAUUCUAAAUCAGAAAAUCCCCCAGAUACAAAAGAGAAAAAGAGUUGGGGUGAAAUUGAAGUUUGUAUAUAUGAAAGUUAUCUUAGAAAUGUUUUAAACCUCCAGUUUCUGCAAAAUAAUUAAAAUAUACAGUAACUGGUCUUAAGAUCCUGAAUUUAAUGUAUUAAAUACUUAUAAAAUUUAUUUAUAUUGGUGCCUUUUUAAAAUGCAUUGAAAGAGUGUUGGUUAGCUGCUGUAGCUCUGCAACACUUUUAUUAUGUGUUUUUAAAAAUCACUUAAAAUUGAUAACUAUAUAACUCAUCUUAGUGUCCUUAGGUCAAAACUGUUAGAGGAAUUUCCAAUACAGAGACUUCCAUUUCAGCGCAUCUGCUUAAAGUAAAAGGAAACUCUGAAACCAGAUUUUAGUAUCUUUUUAGUUUGAGAGUAUUUCUGAACACCAUUACAAGAUUAUGCAGACAAAGUAUGAGGUAGAGGGAAAUUUUAGCUGUGGAUUGCAUGAUGGUGUGUGGUUUUGUUUUGUUUUUAAGGAAGAAUAAGGCCUAGCAUUGUACAAGGCUUUAUUAGUGGAAUUUUUUGGUCAAUAAAAUACAGUAUUGUUUAGGAAUUCCAUCUAUAGACUAGUGGUCUGCUAGCCUUAGACCUCUGUCUUCUAAUCUGUUCAUGUUUUAUGAAACAAUGUUUAAAAAAGCAGUUAAUUAAUUCUCCUUGAACAAAACAAAACUGAACAGUCUCAUCACAUUGCCAUUCUCCAGAGAAUAAUCUCAGAUGGUUUCCUGCCAUGGUUGUGUAUUACCUGCAAUGGACGUGUUAGGAUAUGACAGCUUUAAAAAAAAAAAAAAAAAAAAAAGCUGUUUGUUAUACAAAGCAAAUGUCACAUGACCAAGAAGCUGUGAUAUGCUAGUGCUUCUUUUUAUCAUAGUGUACUGCUAGGCCAAAUAAUGACACCUUGAAUAUUUUUACAUUUAUUGCAGAAACCUAAAAUUUUGGAAUUUCCAUAAGGUUUUUAUGUAUAUUUCUAGCCUUUUAGUUUUCUCUUGCUGUACUGUUUGUGGAUAUUUUUCACACGCACUCUUAGAAGUAAGUUCCCAAUUCUGUUUAUGGGUUUUUCUCCCAUAACAUUGCAUUUGUGUAUUUUCUGUGUAGAUCUGUUGUGAAUUAAUCUUUAUCCCAUACAGAGAGUGGUACGUGAAUGACUACUUUUCUAAGAUGUCCUUUUUAUUGUGAAUAAAAUAUAAAAUGUAGAGGCCCUCUGCUAAGUCACGUAAAGUACAGCAUAAAAUUUCAUAUAGGUACAGAUAAGCCAGUUUGCAGUUAAUCGGGCCCUUCAAAUUACCUCAAGUGACACAGUAAAAAAAAAGCUUCUUGAACGGGUGGAGGUCACUGAAUCCCUGACUAUGCAUUUAUCAGGAUUCUACUUAAUUUACUGGAAAUGGAUUUUUUUUUUUUUUAAUGAAUACACUGUAACAAGGGAAGGACUCUGGGUUUUGUUUUUUGUUGUUUUAUUCUUUUGUGUUGGCUUUUUUUAAAGUAGUUCAAUUUCUGAAACUGUGAUAAAACAUUUUGACUGUCAAGCACUCUCAGAUUUUGAACAUAAAUCACUUCCCCUUCUGUGUAACAAAGUUCUUUGUGAUCUCUUAGAUUUUGUCUACUCCUCCCCACCUUUUUUCUUCUUUCUGUCUAUGUCCCUUCAAUCACUGUCUCUGGACGUCUCUGUCUCUUUCCCCCUACUAGUUUGAAGAUUAGGUCAACUCUUAUUUCCAGUUCAUAGAUCUCUUAAGUCUUAAUUUUGUGUGUGUGUGAUUUUCGUUGGCUGUAUAAUCUCCUGACAUAUUUUUAUACUCAAGUGUAGUUUUAUAUUUUUAAAAAAGUAGUUGGAUUAAAACUAGUAAGGUAUAUAACUCUUGUGUUACUUUCACUUUCAAAUAUUGGGUAUCUAAAAUAUGACUUCAGAGAUUACGUAAUCAUAAUAAUAUGGUGUGUUUGCUUUCCCUUCUUUUGCUGGAUUUUGUGUUCUGAUUUGGUUUUCCUCCUAAAAUGUGUAUUAUGAGAGAUUAAACAAUUUUUUGCAAGAAGCUAGAAAGAUGUUAAAAAUCUAAAGCAAAAAGUCUUAACUAUCUCCCAGUUGGGGGAAGAUGCUUUAACAUUACUAUAAUAAUAUUCCAGGUUCAGAGGGGGCUGCCCAGGCUCCACAUUUGCUCUUAAUAGUGGAACCUUUUAGACCAUGUGUUAUUUGCAAUCCCGGAAUGAUUGCUUCUGCUGUUUAGUUUAGAAGAUGCUUUUCUUUCCUUUCUGUACAAGUGCAAUACUUUCCUUGAAGUCUUAAAAACUAUGGUUAUUUUUCUUAUUCUUUCUUUAAAGACGAAAAGAAACCCUUGAAAAUCAUGGUAUGUUAAGGACACACCAAGCAAAGAGAAAAACACUCCACAGUCAAAAAGAUUAGAGAAUGUGGAAACCACCAGUCUAAUCUCAUGGUAUCUUUAUUUAGGCUAAGUUUUCAUUGAAAUUGGUAAUCUUUUGCCUGAGAAAUGUGUCCUAAAGUUAAAGUUCUUAACUACUGAAUUUCCUCUUAGACCCUUGCCCAAUGUUUUAAAUUAAGGACCUAAUUUUUUUUUAUUUCACUUUUCUUCUUUUGGAAAUGAACAUAAAAAUAAAAGCAAAGCACUUAGCUCAAUUUUAAACACUUACCUAUCACCUAUUGGAGAAAAUUUUUAAGAAAUAUUUGGAACACUCCUGUUUUCAUACAAACUUAAGUAAGAGGUAUUUUUCGUAUCAUACAUAUUUAUAUGUUGUAUGCUGAUUUUUUUUAUACCUGUGUCCCUGUAGUAAAACUGCUGUAAUGUAAAUACAUGUUUUGUUAAAAGAUAACAUUUAUUUGGCAUUUCUUUUAAAGGCAGUUACUGCAUUUGUAUAGUAUGUGUCUUGGCCAUUUUAGAUUUCUUUUUUCUUUAACAAUACCAAAGGUAAUUAGACUACUUUAAAAACUAAUUGCUUGACAGUUUCUAGGAUAUUUUGAGUUUUAGAAGCAAAAAAAAAAAAAAAAAUAGGUCAAACCAGUAAACCUCAUUUUUUUCAAACUAAUAAUUUGGGAAAAUAAAAACUAUUGUUUAAAAAAAGAAAUAUAUAUAUAAAUAUAUAUGUAAAUUUAAAAUUCCAGACCUUGUAUGUCAGGUUUGCUCAGUGUAAUGCAGUUUUUUAAGGCUCAAAUUCCAUACCUCAGAAAAUGAGGUUUACUAUGGAAAUACUGAAACAGUCUUUGCAGCUAAGUGACAAGUCACUCUGCUAUAUACCAAUUUGAGACCUCCGCUAACAGUUUUAUCGUUGCAGACUAAAAUGUGGGACUUGUAUUUUCUUUGUUUUUAAUGCACACACAUACAUGUUCCGUGCAUGUAUGUGGGUAUUGUGUAUACGUGUAUGAGUGUUGUAUAUGCAUGUGUGAGUGUGUGUCUGUAUGUGUGUACAACUAAAGAAGCUGCAGAAACUUUGUAAUACUUUGUGAAAAGGAUUAUAUUAUAAAGGUUUGUACUGUCUGAGUGCACAGCUACUGGAAUAAAUUUAGGGAAUCUCAGGAACAAGCAUAUAAUUUGUCCAAGAUUUAUUUCUUCUCAGAAGUGUAAGUGCAGUUUUUAAUUCUGUAUAUUAUUUAAUAUUUUACCAAUAAAAUAAACUUCUGACAUAAAAA